AAAAGGCAGUCAGAACUCAGAAGAAGCAAUGGAUGCAAGUGCGACCCCUUUGUUUGGACUACAGACCACAGAAGGAAAGCACAUCAAAGUAAAGAUGCCUGGGAAUCUUGGCAGAAAACAAUUGAGUAAACAAGAAGCUGAUGAGGAGGUAGCAAAAUAAAGUCAAAAGAUCAAGAUACACACAGUACACUUAAUCAAUGUUGCCAUGGAUGAGGCACCCUCAAUCUGAUUUCCGUACCUUUUCCUUUUCCUUCCCAUAUAGUGAUAUAAUUGAGCCAGAGAUAGCUAUUGUACCUUUCUAGGAAUUUUGCUGACUUUGUUAGGUCGCAGUCCCCAAAAGGAACUAAGAAUUUUAAAUGAAUGUCAUUGCCAUUACAAAUAUAGAUGCCAAAUGAAAUGGAAUAUUAAGACCUUUAAGUCCAACUUGCACGGAAAAAGUCAAAGAAUCAACCAUAUUAUGGUUUCCUUGGAGGACUCUUCAACUGUACUGCAAACAGAAUGUCCCCUCUAUAAAUAAAGAUUGACCAAUGGCAACCUAGCCCAAGACACCAAACACCCAUGCACACGCAUCCUAUCAAGAUGAAAAGAGGCCUCCUGAUACUUUGGUCCUUGUUCUACUUCAGUGUUGCAAACACAGACACUAGAAACCAGGCCAACCAGCCUCUUGAGUUCAAUCAAUUGAAAAUAUCCAGGAAAUAUGUUCAAGGAAAACAAGAUUCAGCUCCCAAGAAUGCAACCAGUCCCUCAGUGCAUAGAGGCUCAACAAACAAUCAACGGGAGCAGGAUAAGAUUGUAUAUAUGCCAGGGCAAACAGGGGUAGCAGAGUUUGACCAAUAUGCAGGAUAUGUGACAGUGGAUGCAAAGGCUGGAAGGGCUUUGUUCUACUAUUUUGUUGAGGCUCCUCAAGAUCCUUCAGACAAACCACUUGUCCUAUGGCUGAAUGGAGGGCCUGGCUGUUCAUCCUUUGGAUCUGGGGCCAUGCUUGAACUUGGACCUUUCUCUGUCCAUAGUGACAACAAGACAUUGUACAAGAAAAAGCAUGCAUGGAACAGAGUGGCCAACAUGUUGUUCAUUGAGAUCCCAGCUGGUGUUGGAUACUCAUAUUCAAACACUACGUCCGAUUAUUAUAACACUGGUGACCAAAGAACAACAGAUGAUGCAUAUACCUUUCUUGUUACUUGGCUAGAGAAAUUUCCUGAGUAUCGGGACCGUGAUUUCUUCAUAACUGGUGAGAGUUACGCAGGUCACUAUAUACCAGAGCUUGCUAAUCUGAUUCUUUCUAAGAAUAGAGCGACCAAUGUAACUAGUGUCAAGCUUAAAGGUGUUGCGAUUGGAAAUGCGGACUUGGAUGAUAAUUUGACUCUAAGAGCAUCAUAUGACUACUAUUGGAUGCAUGCUAUGAUUUCUGGAAAAGCUUAUACAGCCAUCAAGGAUAAGUGCAGCUUCAAUGGCACAUACACUAAAGACUGUCUAAAUGCCAUGAACUUAGCUAUCCAGGAAAAAGGAAAUGUUGAUGACUAUGACAUCUAUGCACCAAUAUGCCAUGAUGCCUCAAACCCUUCCAAAUCAAGUGACUCGUUAGUGUUUGGUGAUCCAUGCACAAACCACUAUGUCUCCUCUUACCUAAAUCGUCCUGAGGUCCAAAGGGCACUCCAUGCAAACACAACAGGGUUAGGCUACCCAUGGAUGGACUGUAGUCAGCAUGUAUAUGAUAAUUGGAAUUGGAAAGAUUCGCCGGAGACAAUGCUGCCAUCAAUAAAGAAACUCAUUUCAAGUGGCACCAGAAUAUGGUUGUACAGUGGUGAUAUGGAUGCAGUGUGUUCGUUCAUUUCAACACAAUAUGUGCUGGACAAUCUUGGGCUUCCUAUAGAAGCAUCUUGGCGUCCAUGGCGCAUCGACAAUGAGGUUGCUGGCUACGUCAUUGGGUAUAAAGGGCUGGUCUUCGCAACGGUCAGAGGAGCUGGGCACAUGGUGCCAUACUACCAGCCUCGCAGGGCAUUGGCACUAUUCUCGUCAUUCCUCGAAGGAAAGCUCCCUCCACACUGAUCCAUUAAGCUAGCAGGGUUUACGAAUGUCAUUCACUCAGUAUCUUCCACAGCCUAUGGAAUAAUAGGCAGUUCAUGAGGCCUUACAUACUACAUUUGUUGUUCGCCUUUAGUUCAACUUCCCUGCACAAGCACAGAGAAUUAUGUAAUUCUGCUCUGAUUGUUUUGAGCGCAACAAGGAGCCCAACUAACUCUGGUUUAUCGCUAGCACAAGAAAAUAAAUUAGGCCUUGUUUA